GACCUACAACUGAACAACUGAGGAUCGGCAGGCCGGCUGACUACGUAUGAGUGAGCGCGGGGUAUGUCGGCCGGUUGCGGAGGGCUGUCCCUUUGGCAGCAUGCUAUGAAAUCGAGUCGCUGCUGGAGCGUAUAUGGUCAUUUGAUGCAAGCAACUUUACAGCGAGCACCUGUUGUCGCACAGAUCAAGCACGAAGGUGAGGGAAAGAGUGUAGCGAACCUGCAACGUAGGAGCGAUGCCAUCGCUGUGCGUAGAUGUCAGACCGCGUGCCGAUAUCCAGUCACGCUCUGAUAUGACUUCACUCCACGAGGCAACAGAAAUACUCUUCCCUCUCUCAUGCUUAACACCCACCCUCCAAGAUGACUCGCCGCAUAGUCUACGGAAUCUCCCUCUGGGUCUUCCUCGGCGCAACAGCCUGCACCAUCGCCUCCAUCCUCCUCCCAAACUGGGUGUCCUACACCUCGCCCACCACCAACGACACCAUCCGAGUCACUUACGGUCUACACCAGCGCUGCUCGUCCAUCACCGGCGAGUGCAGGCCUUUUCCGAAAGACGAUGAUUGCCAGGGAAAAGAUGCGUACUUUUGUAACAUGUGGAGGAGUACGGGCUUUCUACUCAACUUCAGUGUGAUGGUGGAGUUGGCGGUGGUCGUUGCUUAUGCUGUUAUCUUGCUGGGCGGAAGGGGGAAGAGGGAGAGUGGGUGGAAGGUGCUGGCGGGGCUGUUGGGCUCUAUAUCUGCGGCGCAGCUGAUUGCUAUGGCGCUGGUGGCCUACUUGUACGAACACGACAAUCGAUUCUUCGUGGGCUGGGAACUGGACAAGUCUUGGAUUUUAUGCACCGUCAGCUGGAUUGUACUGCUUGUUGAUGCGCUUGCGGUGGUCGGCGCUGCGGUGCUUCUUCCAAAGGAGGAUGACUAUGAGCUUAUUCCUGAGCCGCAAUAACGCCCAGGGGGUUGUCCGACGUUCUGUUCUGGUGAGAUAGGUGACGCUUGUGUCUGAUGCUGACGACUUUUCAUUGCGUGUUGGAUACAUCUUAGCCUAGCUAAUUCGCAUCGCACUCCCGAGACCAAGU